CUGUAUUCAAUUUCAUUCGGUGUUGAUACAUUGAGUGUAACGAAUCUUUGUGUACAAGUUACACGGUCGAAUUAUAAAUGUGUAAUUUGUACACAGCUGAUAAUUAAAAUUUUUUUCAUCGAUAUGCAACUGAAAGAUUAGAAAUACCAGGAUGUCAGGAAAGACAGAAGUGAGAUUUGAAGAAGCAGAGAGCAGAAGGGGUGUUAUUUUGAUAUUAAUCGCUGUAACUAUAACAUUUCUAUCAUGGCUGGCGUACGGGCGCCCGUUCAUUAUGGCCCUCCUGGCAAUGCUUGCAGUAUAUCUAAUGACAGGGAAUAGAUACCAAUGGAUUUAUAUCUGGAGUAAAACGUAUAAAAGGGAUACUAUUGGUCUUCGUGUCCUAUUAGAGACAAUGUUCAGGAUAUGGGUAUGGGAGAAACAAGGAAUCACAGUGGUCACUAGAUGGAGAGAAGUCGCUAAGAUUAAUCCUGAUAAGAAAGCAUUUGUUAUGGAUAACAGAUUUCUGACCUUUCGUGAGGGUGACGAAUUCAGUAAUCGUAUAGCCUGGUACUUUAAGCGACAGGGUUUCAAAGCUGGCGAAGUGAUAGCCCUGUUUAUGGAAACUCAGCCUGAGUAUGUAUUUAUUUGGCUCGGUCUGGCUAAGAUACGUGUGACCAGUGCACUGGUUAACACUAAUCUGAGAGGAAUUCAGUUGAUAUACUGCUUAAAGAUCGCUGGUUGCAAAGCUGUUAUAUUUGGAGACGAAAUGGCUGAUGCAAUAAAAGAAAUCCAACACGAGUUAAGAGACAUACCUUUGUUCCAAUUCAAUUCACCUGAUCGUCCAAAUGCGCCUUUACUCCAAGACACAUCGCCUUUGGCCAGUGAGUUGGCUGAGAUGUCAACAGAGGCUUACAUAGAUGUAGAGGUAGCUAAGCCCAGAGAUACACUGAUGUAUAUAUACACAAGUGGUACUACAGGAUUCCCAAAAGCUGCUAUUAUAACUAACAUCAGAUACCUACUGAUCCCAUUGGGUGUGCAUACAUCAGCUCGUCUAUCAUCAGCCGACGUAAUAUACGACCCUCUGCCAUUGCAUCAUACAGCGGGCGGAGUGCUGGGCGCCGGCCAGGGCCUCGUGCUCGGCUGCACAGUGGUGCUCAGGAAGAAGUUUUCAGCAUCCAAUUAUUGGAGUGAUGCUGCUAAACAUGACUGCACGGUGGCACAAUACAUAGGUGAGAUCUGUCGCUACUUGCUCGCAGUGCCCAAAGGCCCGCACGACCGAUCUCAUAAUGUGAAAGUGAUAGUUGGCAAUGGCCUACGUCCUCAAAUAUGGCAGGAGUUCGUCGACAGGUUCGGUGUGGAACGUGUGUUGGAGUUUUACGGUGCUACUGAAGGGAACAGUAAUCUUGUAAACCUCGAUUCGAAAGUUGGUGCCAUUGGCUUUUUAAGUCGCCUCGUCUCCUCGAUAUAUCCACUGACGCUUGUUAAAUGUGAUGAGAUAACCGGUGAGAUCCUACGUGAUGAGAACGGAAGGUGCAUCACAUGUGGUCCUCAUGAACCAGGAUUGCUUCUUGGUAAAAUUGAUCCGAAGAAAGCGAUCCUAACAUUCUCCGGUUACGCUGAUAAAACUGCAUCAGAAAAAAAGAUGGUGCGUCACGUGAAGGUAGAGAAUGAUUGUUACUUCAACACCGGUGAUAUCCUUGUGAUGGAUCACUAUGGAUACUUCUACUUCAAGGAUCGAACAGGAGAUACCUUCAGAUGGCGAGGUGAAAAUGUAUCCACGGCCGAAGUGGAAGGUGUCAUCAGUAAUUUGGUAGGAUUGAAGGAUGCUGUGGUGUACGGUGUAACUAUACCAAAUGUAGAAGGUAAGGCUGGGAUGGCCGCUAUCGCAGACCCAGAUAAAAAAGUAGACAUUUUAGAUCUUUAUAAAGGUAUAACUAGAUCCUUACCAGUAUAUUCUAGACCUGUGUUCCUUAGAAUACUACCGGAACCUCCUUUGACGGCUACAUUUAAAUUAAAAAAGAAAGAAUUAAUAAAACAAGGGUUUAAUCCCAGUUUACACAAUGAUCCGAUGUAUUUCCUACAAAAGACUGGUUACGUUGUUUUGACGCAAAAUUUAUAUGACGAUAUUGUUAAAGGUAAUAUUAGACUGUGAUUGAAAUUUGUUAUCUAAAACAGUGAUUCUCAACCACACUGUGCCGCGGCACUUUUGUGUGCCGCCAAAUUUCAAAAGUGUGC